ACCCUUGGAGAAGUUGCGCCAGGCUCCAGGAUGCCGGGCCAGGAAACCGAGCGGCAGCGGCGAUCACCCGGAAGCAGCAGCCGGCCGCGAUGGAUGCCAGAUCUGGAACUCCCGCGAGCGCCGCCACUGAUCAGCUGGAAGAGGGGAGGGCCGCCGAAUCUGUACAAACACAACCAAGAAACAGCAAAACAACCAAGCAAACCCACCCAAAAACAGAAAAAGAAACUGAAAAAGCAAAAGCCACCAAAGGGGCCAACAAAACCGACAGGCCUCGAGGGCCAUCGGAGCACGGAGCACAGAGGCUCCACCAUGCUUGAGCAGCCGGGGGGCCCGACGGCUCAAGCAUCAAAACGCGAAAGCCCGAGGGCUUCCGAUCAAAACAGAGGGUCGCUGAUAAGGGAGGUCAGGAGCAGGGAGAAGAAAGGGAAAAGAAGUUUUUUUUCAACAACCAAGUAAUCUUAAAAGCACCAAAAAUGCAAAGGGGCAUAGAGGUUAGUAUUUCUCUUGCUUUCGAACCUUUUCCUCAUUUUUGUUUUCCUUUUGAUCUCUCUCUCCAGCCAGAGAUGAGGGAAAGGUUAAGUCCAGUCCUUAUUUGGUCUCCACAUUUU